AGCUGAGUUCUUUUGAGAUAGGUGAACGAUACAAGCCAUACAGCUACAAGCCUGUGCGCAAAUUUUAUGAAUGCAAUUUUCCAAAUGGAAGAGCCAAAACAAAGCUUAACAUUCAAAGGUGUUGCUGAGAGACUGACGCUUGGCAUUACUCGAAUACUCGAGAACAUGCCUGGUGUGGUCGAUGUGCGUUUUGCAGAGAGGGAGCCUGCAGAGAAGAGGAGCCUGCUGUCAUGGGAGCAGAAAAACACUUGUAUUUUGCCAGAGGACCUGCGAGACUUCUAUCUGACAACAGAUGGAUUAACACUCACCUGGAGCGUUAAACUAGACAAUGAGUGUGUUCCCCUAGGAAGCAUGAUGAUCAACAGUGUGGCUCGGCUGUGCCCACUCCUCCAACCAGUAUCAUUAUUCUCUCUACCCAAUGCACCCUCACUGGCUGACCUGGACUGGGAGGAGGAGGAGGAUGACACGGAAAGCGGGACGGCGAAUGCUCCCGCUGCACCCCAUUUUGAUUCCCGGAGCUGCAUCUUCGAGCUGGAUUCCUGCGGUGGGAAUGGCAAAGUGUGUCUAGUCUACAAAAACUGCACCCCAGGUGUGGUAGCCCAGCAGAGUGAAAUUUGGUUCCUUGACUGCUCGCUGUGUUGGCAUUUACUGACGACAACCUUCACCUCCUACUACCGCCUGAUGAUCACUCACCUGGGUCUGCCUGAGUGGCAGUAUGCCUUCACCCCAUAUGGCCCGAGCCCCCAGGCCAAGCAGUGGGCAUCGUUGUACCAGCCACUGACUUUCAGCAGUGAGCUCAACUUAGCUGAUCCUGCUGGAGAUUUCCAUCUCAACAAGCUGGAUCCUACGAAGGCCUUCAAAGGCAAAGCCAAGACACCGGUCCUCAAGAAGAAGCAGUCGACACAGUGCAGCUUAGGGAGCACCGCAAAGAGCCAAGGGAGCACAGGGAGACACAGUGGGGGGAGGCGUUGAGAAGGAUUCCAUCCAAGGAAAACAUUUCAAUCAAAUUUACUGUCCAUUCAACCAAACAUUGCACAGAGGAGCGGCCUGCAAUUUCGCAAUUGGCUGGAUUUGGAGUGUUGGCAGUAUGCUCCAUGAGAGCAUGUUGCCGAAAACUAAGUUUGGAAUGCUGCAUGUAUAAAUAGAUGAACAACCGGCGCCUUCCAACACAAGGCUUUGUGUUUCACUGCUAAGUGAAAUUUGGCUUUCUGAAACACUAAAGCUUUCCAGCCAAUCGCAUCACCAAAAGCCUCAUUUCACACACUGUUCACUAGUGACACCUAAUGGUACAAAUAAGUAAAAGCAGCCUAUUUAUAAAGUAUGAUAUAGUGCUGCUGUUAAAUAAUCCUUAUAUGUAGUAACAGACUACAGAACAAAUGUAUCAACGGUACCCAUGAGGACUCGCUAACACUCAAUAAGGACACAGUUUACAUCUGUAGUUUCACUAGGCUUAGUUUGAAUUUUUAUUGUGUCAUACAACAAUAAUCUA